CACGCUCACUGAGGUAAUCCCAUUCUAAAUCGACACAUGCUCGGCUCGACAAGAUGAGAUUAAGAGUCGCUCGGCGAACGCUACCGGUAUGCCAUCCUGCCUGUCUGUACGUCGAUGGCUUUCCGUCAGGCCUGUAGGGGAGGGAUCAUUCACGUCCAUGGUCGGUCAACAUCUUCGGAAGUCACGAAAGGGAGGCGCACAUUUAUGAAACGCACUAUAGUCGAAGCCGGUUUCUGAGCGAGUGGCUCUACAACCGUACGCAAGUGGUCCAGUUGACUAUCGUACAGGAACAUGUGAGCAACAGUGUAGGGGACCGUGUUGUGUGCGUCUUGUGUAUUUGACAAGAUGAGGCGAAUUUUGAGUCGUCUGAUCACUUUAGGUUUACUGUUGUGUGUGGUCCAUGUUUGGUCCGAACGGACUUGUGGAACGGAAUUCACAGACCCAGGAUCAAGUGCAUUGUUAGCGGAUAUUAUUGUGGAGGGUCGUGUGCGAAGAGUACCCGGAGGAUCAGACCGGUACAAUGUGACAAUCAAUGUUCGCAAGCUCAAGAAAGGUGAAACAUUACUGAACGGUGGAAAGAAGCCCAAGUCCAUCAGUAUAGGGCCAUUUGGGAAAGAAAAUAAACAAGAUUGUGUCGGUCAGGUUGUUCAGAAGAAAAUAUAUUUAUUUUUCCUAAGGAAACCUCCCAACGGUGGAAAAUAUUUGGAAAUAUCAGCCUUGCCAGUUAAAGCUAAAAAAAGGACUACGAGACUUAUCCAGAAAAUAAUAUGCCAGGAUUGUGCAAAAGCACCUGCAAUAAGAAAAAUAAGAAAUCGACGUAUUGAAGAAGGAGACACAUUACGGUUAAAAUGUUCAGCAAAAGCAAAGCCAAACCCCAAAUUUCAGUGGUUCAAAGAUGGACAUCCUUUAAAAGAAAAAUCAGGAACGUUACGAAUACAGGAUAAAAGGAGAUCAUCACGCUUACAAAUUUUCAAAGCAUCAGAGAAAGACCAAGGAAACUAUGUCUGUCAGGCUUCCAAUGCAAAGGGUUCUCAUAAUAUUACAGUGCGGGUUGAAGUUAAGGCUUCAACAUACAAGCAUCAGCGAUGUCCACGGCAGACAUAUUGCCUUAAUGGAGGCACUUGCAGAUACAUGGAGAGCUUGCAGAAAGAAUUUUGCGAGUGUCCAGAAAAUUGGGCGGGGCGCCGCUGUGAGCUCCAGGAUAUCUUCAGCUUAGGGCCAGACUAUAACAUUGUAACGGGACAAGCAAAACUUUUACAUGAUCGUACUAUCAUCUUCAUUAGCAUCGUCAUUGCAACCUUGGUCUUCAUUGCAAUAUGCAUUGUGUCAUACUUCAUGGCCAGACGGCAACGCAAAAAGUGGGAAAAAAGGAGGGAUAAAAAAAAUAAAAGAAACAUUCCAGUAGAAACUCAAUAUCGUCCUCUCCUUGAUGAUGUAGAUGCACCACACCCACCUGUAAAUAGGGUAAAAGAGACUCAUACACAGACAGAUUACUACGUGAAUAACGACAACUUGCCCCCGCACAAUGACCCUAAUAUCUACCCUGUCAUCAACCCCUAUGGGGUACACAACAGACACGAGGACCCUCCAGUAGAGAUGAGACGUCAGGCUCACCCCCUAGGAGCUGCACCCAACCCUGGUUCUAACCACGGUAUUGAAGGACCAGACAGAAGGUCAAGGGCAUCAUCACGAGGGUCAAGGACACGGCUGAAGGCUGUAUCUUUGGAUGAAGGUCGUGAUAAUGAGGAAGACUUUGAUCAACCUGGAAUGAACGACCUGACUGCAUCCAGAUGCAAAAGAUGCCCCGCAACUGUUAUUCUGAUGGUAACAUUAAGGGUGGAACCAGGCCUACCAAUAGACGACUGCCCAUAACUAUGCAUGACAUGGACAUUCCUGAAGGAGAACUUGACAGUAUAGAGCCCCUGAAUGCUGAGGAUCCUGUAGUGGUUGACUUAGAGUCUCCUGCACUUGAACCUUCCCCUGACAAUGAGGAUGGACACAGACCUAUGGAUGAACCUGAUGAUGUGGAAAUGCCAGCAGAUGAUCAAAGCCAUCCAAGACAUUAUAUGUAUCCCCCAAGUAAGUCUUUGGACUUUGAGUCAGAUAGUGAAGAAGAACCAACAGAGGAAAGCCCACUGACACGAUUAUAUAUCAGCGAGGAGGAGGAAGAGCACACCAUCUCGGGACAAGAGUUUUGACUCUCUGGACCUUGAUAAAUCAGAUUCACAACCAACAGUGGAAAGUGUUGUGCUCGACAGUGGUCCUCAGGAUUCUAGAACCAGUAAUGAGCCAUUGUACAAAGACAAUCCUGACAGCUUAAGCAGCAGCGUCACCGGCAGUCCAGAUACCCACCCCAGCUCCUCCAUGGAAAACUUUGAGUUCCCUGUCCUCCCGAACGGGACAGAGACUGGAAUGUCAUGGGAUGAACAUGGUAUGCCUGUGUCUCCUGGUCACUAUGCAUAUUCUCCUCCUAACACAGACUCUCAGAACCUGGAGGACCAGUUCAUUCAUCCACACCCACCCAAUGAGCUGCCUCUCAGCCCCACCAAGAACAGUACUGUGUAUCAAAAGCUGCUGAAGGACAUUCGAGAAGACCAGGAUCCCAUCCCUAUAUGAAUGUCUUGUAUCAACAGAAUUCUCCUCCGUGUUUCCUGGACAGUUCCUGAUAUUCUUUCCGAUAUCUAUGAUGAUGUGAACGGACCACAAAAGAUGGAUCUCAACAUCAAACAACCACAUCAUCUGGAUCGUCCAUGAAGGAUUGGCUACAGUAUCAUGUUCUGCAACAUCCGCAUCAUCUGGAUCUGUGAUGAUGUGGCUGGACCACGAUGGGUGGAUUCUUAGUAACAACACCCUGCCGUCUGGAUCUAUAAUGACAGACGUGGACCACACACGAUGGGCCAUGAUACCAGUGUCCACCUUCUUUAGGUCUACGAUGAUAUUUAUGAGCCAUUGUAGAUAGGUCCUCAAUGUCCAUUUCCUCAGCCACUGUGAAGAGUAUCCUGCUCUUACAUCCAAGGACCUAGGAUCUUUCCUGAUUUGAUUCUCUCAAUCCUCUGCAUGUUUUGAGACAGUAUAUAUGCUCAUGCAUCAUGUAAGUUCAGUGUCAAACAAGUGUUCCCACCUCCCUUGAUAUGGUCUCCGAACUGUAUGAAUAACAUGAGACUAAGAACAACUGCACCAUUUUGUGUUCUAACAAUGCAACAAUGAAUAUGUGUGGCCCAAGUGUUGAAUAUCUCUCUGUGCAUUAUCUUGGCCCCAGUGCUUUGAGGACAGAAAUAAUGGCAUUGAAAGAUACUGUUCCAUGGCAAACCCGAGGACCAAGAUGAGUGACUAGGCAACUGCUUUUAUGUAUAUUCUGUGAGCAUCUUCUAGAAAGACCUUACAUGGUGCCCUGUACUUAAGCAUUUAAUGACAUCACCACUGCCAUCCACUAUAAGAGUUGAACAAAUUGACAUAAAGCACCAUUUUAUUUGAAGGCUAUCUGUUAUUGGAGGCAUCUGUAGAAUCAGUGAAAACAGACAUUUACACUGAAGUGUAAUGUUUUGUAAAUUGCAGGUUAUAUAUAAAUAAAUAUUUAAUUCUGCUUCUGAAUAAAUUACAUAAGUAAAAAUUACAUAAGCCAUUUACAGUUCAUGAUUCAAAGAUUAAUUUGGUAUUAUUUAUUUAUUUUUUUAGUUAGAUGUCAUUGAAAUUCAUGUUAAUUAAUUCUUUGUUUUGUAUUGUUCACAUUUUGACAAAACUGUAUCGUCUUAUUUAUAUUCAUUUGUGAUUUGUGAUUAACCUUACUGAUGCAAAAUUUAGUCAAAUUCUUCAAGGAAUUAUACGCAUUGCACAUCUGUAGAACGUUGUAUGUAUAUUGAACAAAACAAGUUAGGGAACAUGAAUAUUUUCAGGUGUAUUUUUAUUAAAUUGUGUACUUAGCCUUCACUUAAAAAAUUCCCAAAAUAUAUUCAUGAUCUGUUUCUUUGUUUGUUGAGUAUAUGAAUAUCUUGAUGAAGCUGCAGGAAACAGUUUGUAUCAACUAUGCCUUAGUGAACAGUAUCUUGUUGUGAUCCAUUUUUUAAUGACAAGGGUAAUAAUGUCAGUGGUAUUGACCAAUGAGAAGACUGAACAAUGAUUUGUUGUCAUUGUUGUUGAAGCACCCAUGCUAUAGCAGUCAUCGUUGAUACAUCGUAGUAACGUAUUUCCAGUUUCAUCUCUGUGUAUAUAAUGUUCAUGCUGUGUUAUUUAAUUUCUUGUGUUGUGUGAAAUCAAUUUAAAUUAAAUCCUUUUAUAGACAUGUGUUGUAUAAAGUUAUGCCAUAUAAUGUUAUGAUUCUCAACUGUGAUUCAUUCAACAUACUUGAAUGCACCUAUAUGUUUAUUUUUUUGCCAUUGUAAAUUAUCAUUUGAAUUGAUGACAUCAUUUUGUUGUAUAUUUCAUCUUAUGUUCUGUAAACAGUUUAAAUUGUUCUUUAUAUGUACAAGUGUGUAUAUACUGAAAUAGGACUGUUGCAAGUUCACAAAGUUAAACUAUGAUACAUAUUAACACAAUGAGAGUUAACACAAUAUUGGAGUUGGUUGUUAUGCUUCAG